AUGCCUCGCAACGGAGACGGUUCUUCUGACAACGCCAUCGAGCCUACCAACAACAUCAUCCACGGUGCCGGUGAGGAGCCUACCACCCGCGUUGCUCGCGCCGACAAGACUGCUCCCCUCCCCGAGCACGAGCAUGGCGCCGGUAUCAAGGGAAUGAACGCCAGUGGAGGUUCGAGCCAGGGUCUCUCCCAGGGUCCUCAUGCAGGACAGGGAAAAGGAUCUAUCCAUGGUCCAAAAAAGAUCUAA